AUGUCUCGCAUGUGGGAGGUCGAUCCAGAAACAAGGACAAAGCUCCUUCAGAUCUCCAAGACAAAUGGCAACGACAGAUGCUGCGAUUGCGGUGCCCCAUCGCCUCAAUGGGCCUCCCCCAAAUUCGGCACAUUCAUCUGUCUCAACUGCGCAGGUACACACCGCGGUCUCGGCGUACACAUCUCCUUCGUCCGUUCAAUUACCAUGGACGCCUUCAAGCAUGCCGAGAUCCAGCGCAUGGAACUAGGCGGUAACGAGCCCUGGAAAGCCUUCUACGAUGCACACGAUGUUACGCUAUCGGAGGGUCGCACAUUCGAGGACUCAACGAUAAAGGAGCGGUACGAGGGCGAUGCAGGCGAGGAGUGGAAGGAGCGCUUAUCGUGUAAGGUCGAAGGGAAGGAAUACGUUCUCGGACAAGAGAAGAAGAAUAAUACCAGUAGUGUGUCACGAUCCAGCACACCGAUGAGUGUGGGGACCGGUGGUGUUGGACCUGGCAGGACGGCGUCACCAGCUGGUGGAAUGUCGAGGACGAGUUCUUUGAGAGCUGCGGCUGGAGCUGGAGCUGGGGCACCAGGGAAGAAAGAGCAGAACGAGGCGUACUUUGCAAAGCUGGGCUCGGAGAACGCCUCUCGUGCGGACAAUUUGCCGCCGUCACAGGGUGGGAAGUUCACUGGCUUUGGGGGUGGAUUGCCGCCUUCUGCUCCUGCUGCAGACCGACGUUCUUCGCCGUUUGGCUUUGGUGGUGCAGGAGGGAACCAGGCAUUUGAUGAUUUCCAGAAAGAUCCCAUGGCGUCAAUUACUAAGGGAUUCGGAUGGUUUGCGUCAGCGGUUGGAAAGAGUGCGAAGACUGUGAACGACUCAUAUCUUCAACCCACUGCAAAGCAGCUCGCCGAGUCCGACUUUGCGGCUCAAGCCCGUGUCCAGGCUGCUAACUGGGGCCAGAACUUGCAGGCCGGUGCCCGUGGCGCAGCCGAUCAAUUUAACCGUUUCGUAGAAGGCGACGAGAGCCGACCUGCCGGUCAACGCUCUCGCGUGGAACCUGAGCGACGAGACUUCUGGGACGACUUCUCGUCGUUGGGCGCACAAGAUCAAGCCGGUGGUCACCGUCGAAGCGGCUCGCGAUCUGGUGUCGUCGGAACAGCAGCUAUGCGAAAGACUCCUGCGACGAAUUCUUCUCUGGCUAAUUCGUCUACGCCUGCUUCUGCUGAGACUACUACCGCUCCGUCUGGAUUAGAGAGUACAGAGAGUACUACUACGUCGAAUCCUAAAGCGAAAGAUGACUGGGAUGAUAACUGGUAG